GUGUGCAGCGGAGGAGGAAAAAAGGAGGAGAGACUGCCGAGGAGGAGACAGAGGGGACCCGCAGACCACGCGUCCCACGCCAGAGCCAGACAGCCGGGGAACUUUGAUUUGACGCCAAGUGGCCCCCGCGAUGAAGAUGACGACGCACCGGAGGAGCCGCGCUCCUCGCUCCGCUCCUCGCGGCUCUUAAGAUUCCGAUAUGUCGGGCGUGUGCCACAUGUAGUGCCCUUGGACUCUUACGCUCUCUGAACAUUUAUUAUCUUUUUUUUUUUUCUUUUCUUCUUUUUUCUCGCUCGUCCGACGCGCCUUGUUUCCAGCCGCGCCGCGUGUGGGAUUUGCAGCCGUGAUGUCUGCGGCGUUGCGCUCUUUGUUUGUGGUUCUAUUCGGCCUGCUGUCGGUGGGCGCCCAGACUGAGAUGAAGAAGGUCGUCGGGGACAACGCCACUCUGCCGUGCCACCACCAGUUCCCGUCGUCCGGCUCUCUUGACAUCGAGUGGCUGCUCCAGAAACCAAACUCCAAACAGAAUGUGAUCAUCACCUUCUUCGGGGGUCAGGUGUACACCAACGUGGCCACGAGCAGCGAGGCCAGCCGCCUGUCCUUCGCCGGCGAGUACCUGGGUGGAGACGCCUCACUGCUGAUCAGCGACCUGCUGCUCACCGACUCCGGGGAGUACUACUGUAAAGUCAAGACUGGGGGAAAGUACCACUGGAGCCAGGUCAACCUCAUCGUGCUGGUCAAACCCUCCAAGCCGAGGUGCUGGCUGGACGGCAAACUCCAGGAGGGCAGCGACGUCAAGCUGAGCUGCAAGUCCAGCGACGGCUCCGACCCCAUCAACUACAAGUGGGAGCGGGUGUUGGACAAAGGCAAGAGCCUGGGCAAGUUGCCAAACCUGGCACUGAUAGAUCUGAAGAACCCAGAGCUGGUGACUCUGAGGAAUCUCACCAUGGACAGCACAGGAGUCUACAGGUGCACGGCGAGCAACGACGUGGGAGAGGAGAACUGCACCAUCGAGGUCCCGAUGCAACAUGUGAGGGAUGUGGCCAAGUUCGCGGGUGCAGCGGUGGGAAUAUCCCUCGGCGUCCUCAUUGUCAUAUUAAUCAUCUGGCUCGUCUUCCGCAAGAAAGAAAAAAAGAAGUACGAGGAGGAGGAGACCCCGAAUGAGAUCAGGGAGGACGCGGAGGCUCCCAAGGCCAAGCUGGUGAAGCCCAACUCCCUCUCCUCGUCCCGCUCCGGCAGCUCGCGCUCCGGCGCCUCCUCCACCCAGUCCAUGGUGCACAACAGCGCCCAGCGUGGCCACCGCCCCCGCCCGCCUGCUGUGGCGGCCCUGAAGGAGAACGGACAGCCUCCGGGCUUCCCCCAGUCCCCUCCGGCCUACACUACAGUGGUGCCCAAGACCCCCGAGCCCCCGGCCACCCCCAAAUACAACUCCAGGAAAACGUCUGGGCCCACACCCCCGACCCUCAUGGUCCCGGCCCAGACCAAGGCCUUUCAGACUGUGUAGGACUGAAAAGGCAACCGCUUCCUGCAGCCAUGUGAGACUCCCGGCCCAAGCCCCCCCCCCCCUCCUAGCCCCCUCCCUAAAGACUAAGACUCUACUAUUUACAAAGAAAUGCAACUAGUUAAAAGGAUGUAAUUAAAAGAAUCAAUACUAUAAGUCCAACACGUACGUUAAAUGAAUGCAUACUUAAAAAGGGAAAAUAAGACCUGCUUGCCCCCUUCUGAAUUAUGUAAAACAACAAAACUAAAAAACACGACCUGAGAUGCAAACGCUGUUUGUGUCUCAUUGCUAAAGGCAGAGCUUUCUUCUUCUUCUUCUUUUUUUUUUCCUGAGUUCCCGUCUUUUGGCUUCGGAAGGCACCGGGAAGCGGCGUGUGCAGCGAGGUGGAAGGAGCCCCCACCCCACCACCCCCCCUGCAGUCUUUAUAUAUUAAAUCAAAGGGUUAGGCAUGCAGUGGAGAAAAGGAGGAGAACAAAAUAACCGACACAGCGACAGGAAGUGGAUCUCAGAACUCGGAGCCAGAGAGCGAUGGAGCCAGACAGCUGUUGAGCUUUUGGUUGUCGACGGAUACGAAGCGGGACGGGAAGAGAGCGCGUGAGACAGCUGCUGACUUCUUCUUUCCCCUCUCUCUCUCUCUCUCUCCUGGAGGAGGGGGAAGGAUACGUGGGGUGAUUCUCUGAUUCAUGUCACCCUCCACCUCCGACUAGCCGCCUCCGGCACCUGCUCCGAAACCCCCCCUCCGCCCCCCACGAACCCCCAUCCCGCCUCCCACGGGCCGAGGUGGACGGCGUGCGGCGUGUACAUCAUCUGCCUCGGUGCUCUCGUAAACCGCAGCGGUCCUGAGACUGAAUCACCUUGGGGGGGGGGGGGGCUUCAGGUACACGGAUGUAGCGUUGAGAGUGGAACAGAGACUCCCCCCUCCAACAUCCUGUCUACGUCUAUGGACACCCGGAACACUUUCUGGAACUGAGUACCUUUCAUGAAUAAUUACAUAGUAUGUAUUAGGCCUAUAGCGUGUCAAUACUUUAAAUAUAGGGGAUAAGCAUCUAUUAGACCAGCUGGAAUUUUGUUUCUCUUUUCAUGUGUUUUUUUUUUCUCUCUCUCUCUCUCUCUCUCUCUCUCUCUGAACAAGUUAUAAAGGGUGACAGACAGCUAUAUGUCCAUUCAUCCAUGUUAUGAAGUGCCACCAAUCCUUAGGAUGGGUCAUUAAUGUUGCCAUUUCUUUCGUUUUCCUGCUACGUUUGUGAACUGAAAACCAAAAUCGAAUCACCGUGAAUGUGUGAUGUGCAAAGAUGGCGGAUCCCGCCCCUCUUCCGCUCCCCUAUAGGCACCGAAUCAAUUUGCCAAGCGAACGGCACAAAGAAUUGACCUCGGGGCCGCUCAAUUUUACAAUCACCGUGUCUGAAUGAAGGGAGCGAGACGCUUCGGUCGUGCAUGGAGCGCAUGUGUCUCAUUGUCAGUGCUCUCCCUGGAUCCAUAACUACGGAAUGGCACUCGAUUGCCGUCUCGCCGAGUCAUGCUCGGUACCUGCUCGGUUAUUGGUGCUAUCUGCCAAUUUCCCCCCUUGCGUUGUAUCCUCAGACGGACCCUGUGCGGUUUGAUUGAAAGUUUUAAAAAAAAAAGGGGCAAGUAGCCUGUAUAAGUGUGCCUUUGCAAUAUCCCUCUUCUCUUCUGGUUUCUUUCUUUGUCCUUUAUCUUCAGCGCACCGGUGGUUCCGUGUCCGCUCACACCCAGCGUGGAGGGUCAAACAGUAGCAAAAAGAACUUCACAAAAAGGGCGCCCUAGAAUUGACCGAUGCAGAACUAGGGAGCACCGAGCAAGUGGGAAAGGCCCACGGUGAGAAAGCAACCCCGUGCCGUGGGACGGUGCACAGCGCGUUCUGUCAUCACUCUUGUUUUAUAUUGUACAUACGGAUAGAAGUACGCACACAAUGUCAUUUCAUUUAAUAAACACAGGCCGUUGCGAGGGUGGAGUCGCAUGCGACUCGUAACUGUAAGGGAAGAAGAGAGAAAAAUGCCUUUUAUAUACAACCAGAGACAGCGGUUCAUAUACGAGCAGGGAGGCUACCGUGUGUGUGUGUGACUGCUGUGCGUGCGUGCUCGGGUGCAUGCAUGCAUGCAUGUUUUUUGUGUGCGAGUGUGCGUCCGUGUGUGGGUGUGUGCAUGUAAAUUCCGUAGAAGCCCCUGGGCCACACCCACACAUGCUCAUGUUGGCCAUUCAAUGAGGGAGAGGGAUCCAGUCAGGCAGAGUAACCUCCACCCAAAUGGACGUGACAUGCGGAGUGACGGUGUUUACUUCAGGAUUCACUGACUCGUGCGCCUGUUGGACUCGGGCUCCGCGGGGCAGCGGUCUUGUUUCCCCUGGCGGGGGGGGGUUUGGCGUCUCCAGAACAGAAGCGCGUCCAUAAUUCAUAAAUAUUGUCAGCUCUGGAGGCCACUUGUACGCUCUCUCCUUGCUCUUAACAUAGAAUGCACUUGGCCCUGGGUGUACUGAUGGCAUCUCAAGGCGCGUGCACGCACACACACACACACACAAUACAGGUCAGAGGUGUAUAUACACACACAUAAACAGGUACACGUGGCACAUUCGGGUCCGCACGGAAACACAGGCGUGUGCUUCAUGCACAUUCACAGUUUGCACAUGCACGCAUGCGCUCACAAAUGGACACACACACACACACAGUUUGCACAAACAGCAGUCCUUGUUAUUUCUGCUCCUUCAGGAUCGUUUUGAUGGAUUGAAUGUCUGGAGGUAUUACGACUGACUGAUGGGAGCGGGAUGCUGAAUGCGUCUCAGAAAGGGACAUCUUUCUACAUCACCCGGGGGACGUGUGCGCCCGCCCACACACACACACACACACACACACACACACACACACACACACGUAUGUGCAUGCAGAACACUCAUGCACUCGGGAAUACAAACUGCAUCAUAACUAUGUGGAUGGCAUAUGCUUAAGGACUGUGCGGCAGUGGUACUGGGAAUCAGAGGUGUGACAGGAUCGGUUUUG